AUGGCAGAACACGCCAAGACAAAACUUGUUCCUCAUUUAGGAGGCAUUGAUGUUGGAUAUAGACAUUCUUUUACCGAUUCGUCCCUUCCAACUCUGGUAUUGAUUAAUCCAUUUACCACAACUUCGGAUUACUACCAGCCGGAAUUUGAAAGUGAGCGGCUGGCUAGCAAGUUCAACCUUCUUGCCAUCGAACCCCUUGGACAUGGUGCCACAAGAACAAAGAGCGAAACAUUUACAUACUGGGACUCAGCAAUUAUGAAUAUCCAGCUUCUGGAUGUCCUUGGCGUUAAUCAGGUCUUCGUAGCUGGCACGUCCCAGGGAGGAUGGAUAGCUGCGCGAAUGGCACUUCUUUCACCCCAGACGAUCAAUGGCAUUAUUCUCAUUGGCACCUCUAUGGAUUCUGAAUCCCCAGAAAGUCGAGAGUUGGGCUACUGGAACGGCCCGCAGGCCACCUCCACCCUGGUCGCAAAGAGCGCUGACCUUACGCCCCACGAUAAUUUCGAGCCCGGCAGUGGGUACGUUGGCUUUUUGAUGAGCAUUGGCUACGGAGAGAAAGUGACUGCAGAUUUGACACAAAAAUGGUUCGAGUCUAUCCAAAAUGCUUAUUCAGGAGAUGACGGGAAGAAGCUGAUUUGCAUGGCUGCUGUUUGUCUGGCUUCUCGAGACGGACUAUAUGCCCGGCUACCUCAUAUCCGAUGUCCAGUGCUGUGGAUGCAGGGAACAAAUGACGUUGUGUUCAGUGUCGCCAACGCGGAAAAGGAAGUUAGAAUGUUUACUAAUGCGCCCGAGGCAAAAUUGGUCGUGAUGGAGGGCGGCGUUCAUUUUCUGAGCUUCACACAUGGACAGGAACUUGAAAAGAUUAUCUUAGAAUUUAUAAGGAAGUGGAUGGCUAAGCCAAGAGGCGAAGAUUUCGAUUAG